GGAGGCGAGGGAGUAGCAUGGGGCAAGAGACUCGUCGAUAUAGCCUCGAUUUUUGUCAAAACAAACGAUAAGCUUCUCAAUAUUCUUGAAAAAGACUCGGAGAUUCUAUAUCAGUACAACUCUAUUAGCGGUGAUUUCGAGACGAAGUUUGCAUACGAGGCCAAAGCCACACUACUAGCUUUGGGUAAGGCCAUGAUCGUCGUUCCAAAGUCCUCUACUGUAGUUCCAGGCCAAGUAGAUGCCGAGCCGAUUGCUAUUAUGGAUAAUCAUAUUAAUAUGGUCAAGUUUGCCGGGCAAAGCAACGAAUUCAAGAAGGUAGCCAGUUAUCUGAAGCUAAUAGUGGAUAAGGCACCUGCAAAGGUGCAGAAAAACUGGUUGACUGAGAGUGGUAUCAAAGCUAGUAAGUGA